UUUAAAUAAAAAAAAAGAAAGGAAAAGAAAAUGUAGACCAUCACAAAGGCACGAAUGAAUUGACAUGCUGCUCUGUGAUGCAGCUUUUAUUAUUGUUUGCUGGUGUUAGUCAUAUUUUAACUUGUACCUUAUCUCUUCAGAAAAGCUCCUGAUUUUCCCCAACUUCUAAUCGAGGUCUCUCUUAGCAUGGACCCUGUUGCUACUCACAGCUGCCAUCUCCUCCAGCAACUGCAUGAGCAGCGUAUUCAAGGAUUACUUUGUGAUUGUAUGUUGGUGGUGAAAGGAGUCUGCUUUAAAGCACACAAGAAUGUUCUAGCAGCAUUCAGCCAGUAUUUUAGGAGCCUCUUUCAGAAUUCUUCAAGCCAGAAGAAUGAUGUUUUUCACUUGGAUAUUAAAAACGUCAGUGGCAUAGGGCAGAUCUUGGACUUCAUGUACACUUCUCAUCUAGAUCUUAACCAGGACAAUAUACAAGUAAUGUUGGACACAGCACAGUGUUUGCAAGUUCAGAAUGUUCUGAAUCUGUGUCACACGUUUUUAAAAUCAAGCACUGUAGAACAGCCACCUGGCAUGCCUUGUAACAGUACAUUCUCCCUGCAAAGCUCUCUGACCCCUGAUGCUACCUGUGUUGUAAAUGAGAACUAUCCACCUCAUUUAUUGCAAGAGUGUUCAGCAGAUGUCCAGCACAGUAAAGUUUUGGAUGAAUCGCAUUCUCAGGCUCCAUCAUCAGUUAGUCUUCAUCAUUCCACUGAGGAAAUAGCGAAGCAAGCCCCUGAUACCUUAGAUGGCAGCUGCUCAGAACUGUCUUUCAAACAGCCCAGUUACUAUUAUAAACUCAGAAACUUUUACAGCAAGCAGUACUAUAAGCAAGCUGCUUGUCCUGGGCGCGAGCGGGUCAUGGAGCAGCCUUUCGCUUUCAGUACCACCACAGACCUCACAGCAGUAGAAACCCAGCCUUGUGCCGUCAGUCAUCCCGAGUGCAUCCUGGAGUCUUCAGAGCACUUGCCUUCCAACUUCUUGGCCCAGCCAUUGAGUGACUCUGCCCCAGACCCUGAGUCAGAUGCCACAUGCCAACAGCCUACCAAACAGAUGAGGCUCAAAAAGGCCAUUCACCUGAAGAAACUAAAUUUCCUAAAGUCACAGAAAUCAGCAGAGCAGGCCUCUAAACCCAAGUUGGACGAUGGUUUAACAAAGAGGAUGGACUCGGCAAGUGAAGAAACGAUAGAGAAAGCUAGUGGUCAAAGUACUGAAGAAAAAGAAAGUGAAGAACUUGUCAGUUCUGAGAAUUUUAAUUGCAUUAGUGAGUUAGAGAGACCCGAAGCCCCUGCCCUGGAAGACCAGUCCCAGACACUCCAGUCACAGAGACAGUACGCAUGUGAAUUGUGUGGGAAACCUUUUAAACAUCCAAGCAAUUUGGAGCUUCACAAACGGUCUCAUACAGGUGAGAAACCUUUUGAAUGUAACAUUUGUGGGAAACAUUUCUCUCAGGCAGGUAACUUGCAGACUCACUUACGUCGGCAUUCUGGUGAAAAACCAUACAUCUGUGAAAUCUGUGGAAAGAGGUUUGCAGCCUCUGGCGACGUCCAGCGUCACAUUAUUAUUCACUCAGGAGAAAAACCACACUUGUGUGACAUCUGUGGUCGAGGGUUUAGUAACUUCAGUAAUUUGAAGGAGCACAAGAAGACACACACAGCAGACAAGGUCUUCACCUGUGACGAGUGUGGCAAGUCCUUCAACAUGCAGAGGAAGCUGGUGAAGCACAGAGUGCGGCACACGGGAGAGCGGCCGUACAGCUGUUCCGCCUGUGGGAAGUGUUUUGGGGGAUCUGGUGACCUCCGCAGACAUGUCCGCACUCACACUGGGGAGAAACCGUACACGUGUGAGAUCUGUAACAAGUGCUUCACCCGCUCUGCUGUGCUUCGACGCCACAAAAAGAUGCACUGCAAAGCUGAUGACGAGAGCCCCGACGUGCUGGAGGAGCUCAGUCAGGCCAUAGAGACUUCCGACCUCGAGAAAUCUCAGAGCUCCGAUUCUUUCUCCCAAGACGUGUCUGUGGCACUGAUGCCCGUGUCUGUGAAACUCCCCGUCCACCCAGUGGAGCAUCCUGUGACCGAGUUCGAUGGCCACUCUGUUGGCUCGUACUGUAAGUUACGGCCCAUGGUUCCCCUGCAUGAGGUCAGCGACCAGGAGAAGCUAGGUGUGGAUACUGUUAAGCUUGCCAAGCCCCAGACGCAGCAGACACAGCAGCAGGCCUACGCUUACUCCGACGUGGACACCUCGGCCAGCGCCGAGCCACUGCAGGCCGAUGGCAUGUCCAUGAUCCGCUCGUCUCUGGCCGCUUUGGACAACCACUGCAGUGACCCCCUAGGCAGUCGUGUGUCUUCCACCGCUUACAGGAACUCGGAGGGACAGUUUUUCUCCAGCAUGACUCUCUGGGGACUGGCGAUGAAGACCCUGCAGAACGAGAACGAGCUGGACCAGUGACGACCGGCGAUACGCUCAGCGCAGGGUGCUCCCCCGUGUGGCCCCCGGCACCAGGGCCACGAGGGGACCGGUUUCCCUCUGACUGGUCCCUUCUAGCCAGUCCAGUGAUGGCUGCUAUCUGAGGAGUGCUGAGCUCAGGGUUUGGGAAGAAAGGCCCCUGCUCACCAUUGAGGCGGAUGCAGAGCGGGGCACUCGCAGCAGAGGCCAGAGGCCCAAGAACUGUCACUGAUGUUAACUGGCAUGGAAGUGCAGACCUUGUGUCAACUACCGGAUGCUUUAGUCAUGGUCAAGGGAAUAUAUAUGAAUAAUAAUAAUACAAAUAUUAUUUUUGCAUUUUUAUAAAUAUGAGAUUUGUAGCAU